ACGCAGCCCGGGAGGAGGGACCCACUGCUCCUCCCUGCAGGAGAACCUCGAUGGAUAAAUGCCUGAGGAAACGGGGAAACAGAAAAUCACCACGAGGCAAAGUCCACGGAACCGAUUGCUGCCGACAAGACCCCCAUGGAAGCCAAAAUCAGAGAAGUUCCAGGAGAAUCAGGAUUUGGUCUCCCAGUGUCUCCAGGACGAUUAUCCACUACAAAGGAAGGAUGGCGAUUUGACCAGGAGACUCAGCAGACACCACCUGGACCUGGAGUUGGACACAUCAGGGAGACUCAGCAGACACCACCUGGACCUGGAGUUGGACACAUCAGGGAGACUCAGCAGACACCACCUGGACCUGGAGUUGGACACAUCAGGGAGACUCAGCAGACACCACCUGGACCUGGAGUUGGACACAUCAGGGAGACUCAGCAGACACCACCUGGACCUGGAGUUGGACACAUCAGGGAGACUCAGCAGACACCACCUGGACCUGGAGUUGGACACAUCAGGGAGACUCAGCAGACACCACCUGGACCUGGAGUUGGACACAUCAGGGAGACUCAGCAGAUACCACCUGGACCUGGAGUUGGACACAUCAGCUCAGGAGCCACUGAGACAGCCUUACCUCCACAGGAUGCUUGCCAAAUGGGCUGGACUUCAUACAGUCCUGAGAACACGAGACAGCAAAAUCCACGCCCAGGCCCCAGGACAAGGGUGGCCAGGGCUGACGCAGGCACGGGCGACCAGGGAACCGGGUGUCUGGAUACAGUGAGGGAGGAUGAGGGAGACAGCAGGGCGAGGUGGGAACCCCUGGGCCAGCGGACUCCAGGCAGCGGAGGCGGCCUGUUGGUAAUCGGUCAGGGAGUUGCUGUGCCCUUCACCUUGAGGAUGGGACACGGGUCCUCUGAGGUUCUCCCUGGACUCCCUGAUGCCUCUGAGAAAGGCACAGCACCCCAGUGCCCGCUGGAGGUGGGGUGGGAGCCAGCUGGGAGCAGGCAGCGCCCCUCACGAGCACUGCGGAUGGCUGGCGGCCAUGGCUCUCUAAGGCCCGCUUGGUGGACGCUGAGCCCUGCCCUCAGGGAGCGCUGGCCCCUCGGGUCCCUGGGCCCUGACAGUCCCACUGAGGCUCGGCUCCAUUUCCGCAAAUGGCUGCCUCCCGCAGGAGGGCUGGGGGAGAGCUCCGGGCCGGGGUCAGACAGCAGCGUUGGCUUCUGUCAACAAAAAGAGUCAAACUCUGUAAAAUGUGGGAAGAGAUUCAUUCUGAGCCAAAGACAAGUGACCUUGGGCCGUGACCCAGCCCUCAGGAGGGCCUGAGGACAUGUGUCCAGGGUGGUCAGAGUGUAGCUUGCUUUUAUGCAUUUUAGGGAGAAUGAGACUUCAGGCAAUACAUUUAAGAAAUACGCUGGUUCGGCUCAGAAAGGCGGGACAAUGCAAAGCAGUCGGAGGGCAGAACUCUCAGGUUAUAGCAAGAUUUAAAAACUUUCCGGUUGACAAUUGGUUACGUUUAUCUAAAGACCUGGGAUCAAUAAUAGAAAGGAAUGCCUGGGUUAAGAUCCAGGAUCCUGGAAACCCAGGUUCUUAUUUGCGGAGGAGGCCUUCAGGUAGCAGCUUCAGAGGGUUGUGAAAUGUUUCUUAUCAGACUUCAGGUCUGUGUGGACGUUAAUGCUGGAAAGAUAGAACGAGGCACGUCUGACCCCCGUUCCCGUCAUGGCUGGAAACCGCCUCUCGGGUUACAUUUUAAGAGGGCUCUGGUGAGGAGGAGGUCCACUCAGAUGGUUGGGAACCUUAGUGUUUUAGUUUUGGCUUACGCUGUGUUGGUGGGUGAUGACGGGUGUCAGGCAUGGCCCCUCGCAACGUGAGGGAAGGCAGCAGGGCCUGUGGCCAGGGCUGGUGGGAGCCCUAACAGACGUUCCAUGGAAACACCUGGUGGAGGAGGCUCUCAGCAAAUGCCCGCAGUCCCUGCACCCGGCGGGCACAUCUCCACGAGUGCGUCUCCUCCACACACUCACAGUGGGCGGGUUUGGUCAUCCGCAGUCCCUGCACCCGGCAGGCACAUCUCCACGAGUGCGUCUCCUUCACACACUCACCGUGGGCGGGUUUGGUCAUCACUGAUGGGCUGCUCUGCCUCUCCUCUCCUCUAGCUCGGGACCUUCAGUGUCCCGACAGGAAGGAAUGCAGUACAAGUGCAUCCCAAGACGCACGCUGCAGGUUACCCCCAGGCCUCACAGACCCUGGUCACCCCGGGAUGGAUCCCGCCCCAGGUUGUGACCUUGCUCCCCUCCUGCUGGAAACCUUCUCCAGACACAAGCCCCUCAGGCGGCAGGGCUUAUCUUGUCCUGGAGGCUGCCUUCCCCUCCCCUGAUGCCCCAGACCCCUCCAGGUCGCCUGGAGAUGGAUGCAGAGAAGCUGCCCAGCUCCCCAUGUCCAGGGUCACCUCACUGCCGGGACCCCCUCCGGGGGCUCGCACACCCCCCUCCCCCGCCACCCCAUUCUGAUCCCGGCUCUGCGGAGGCCGUCCUGCUGCCUGCCAGGACCAGGUGCCAGGGCAGGUUGCUGCUGGAUGGGCUUCCUUGCUGGGUUACCUGUUCCGAUGGGGAGAAAAGUCCUCCUUACACCACACUGACAAUGGCCUUGGAAAUGUUCCCCUUGUGGCUCUGUAGGUGUGUGAUGGGCCCUCCAUGUGUGAUGGGUCCUCCAUGUGUGACGGACCCUCCAUAUGUGAUGGGUCCUCCAGGUGUGGUGGACCCUCCAUAUGUGAUGGGUCCUCCAGGUGUGGUGGACCCUCCAUGUGUGACAGGUCCUCCAGAUGUGUGACAGGCUCUCCAUGUGUGAUGGGCUCUCCAUGGGUGAUGGGCCCUCCAUGGGUGAUGGGCCCUCCAGGUGUGUGAUGAGUCCUGCAGGUGUGACAAGCCCUCCAGGUGUGUGAUAAGUCCUGCAGGUGUGUGACGAGACCUCCAGGUGUGACGGGUCCUCCAGGUGUGUGAUGGGCCCCCCAGGUGUGAUGGGUCCUCCAGGUAUGUGACGGGCUCUCCAUGUGUGAUGGGUCCUCCAGGUGUGAUGGAUUCUCCAGGUGUGUGAUGGGCCCUCCAGGUGUGUGAUGAGUCCUGUAGGUGUGUGACAAGCCCUCCAGGUGUGUGAUGAGUCCUGCAGGUGUGUGACGGGCCCUCCAGGUGUGACGGGUCCUCCAGGUGUGUCAUGGGCCCCCCAGGUGUGAUGGGUCCUUCAGGUGUGUGACGGGCCCUCCAGGUGUGACGGGUCCUCUAGGUGUAUGACGGGCUCUCCAUGUGUGAUGGGUCCUCCAGGUGUGAUGGAUCCUCCAGGUGUGUGAUGAGUCCUGCAGGUGUGUGACAAGCCCUUCAGGUGUGUGAUGAGUCCUGCAGGUGUGUGAUGGGCCCUCCAGGUGUGUGACAAGUCCUCCAGGUGUGUGAUGGACCCUCUAGGUGUGUGACUGGCCCUCCUGCUCUGUGAUAGCCUCUCCAGGUGGGCAAUGGGACCUGCAGGUGUGCGAAGGACCCUCCAGGUGUGCGACGGGCUCUGCAGGUGUGCGAUGGGCUCUGCAGGUGUGCGAUGGGCUCUGCAGGUGUGCAAAGGACCCUCCAGGUGUGUGAAGGACCUUCCAGGUGUGCGAUGGGCUCUGCAGGUAUGUGAAGGACCUUCCAGGUGUGUGUCAGGCUUUCCAGUUGUGUGUGGGCCGUUCCAGGUUUGAUGGGCCCUCGGAUGUGUGAUGGGGCCUCUUCCCGGGAACAGCAGGCAGGUUACUUUGUGCCCUCUCCCAGGCCACACCACAUGGCUUGUGGUCCACUGAAACCACCAGGUCUUCUCCCAGCACUCUGGGAGGCCGAGACGGGCGGAUCAUGAGGUCAGGAGAUGGAGGCCAUCCUGGCUAACACGGUGAAACCCCGUCUCUACUAAAACUACAAAAAAUUAUCCGGGCGCGGUGGCGGGCCCCUGUAGUCCCAGCUACUCAGGAGGCUGAGGCAGGUGAAUGGCGUGAACCCUGGAGACAGAGCUUGCAGUGAGCCGAGAUUGCACCACUGCACUCCAGCAUGGGUGACAGAGUGAGAAUCUGUCUCAAAAAAAAAAAAAAAAGAAACCAUCAGGUCUUCUUCAUCUGAGCUACUCCCAAGAAAAAGGCCCUUAAUACUGUGUUCUAGUAAAGGAAAAGGUAGCUCAUUUUGUUCCUCCCUUGGGAGAUGUCAAAUCGUCAGUCUGUUUCUCUACAUAUUGACCUUUUGUUCAGAUUGUGACAAGACCUGGCCGUCGCUGUCUCAUCCAGGCCAUGUGACAGGAGGCCAGCCGGGGGACCACCUUGAGGCCAGUGCAUGUUUAGAGUCCAGUGAACUGUGGGCUGAAGAGCAGGGCAGUAAACCCACCGCUGCCCGUUCACCAUGAUUUAGAGUCCAGUUCCCUGCACUGUGGGCUGAAGAGCAGGGCAGUAAACCCACUGCUGCCCAUUCACCAUGAUUUAGAGUCCAGUUCCCUGCACUGUGGGCUGAAGAGCAGGGCAGUAAACCCAUCACUGCCCAUUCACCGUGAUUUAGAGUCCAGUUCCCUGCACUGUGGGCUGAAGAGCAGGGCAGUAAACCCACCGCUGCCCAUUCACCGUGAUUUAGAGUCCAGUUCCCUGCACUGUGGGCUGAAGAGCAGGGCAGUAAACCCACCGCUGCCCAUUCACCGUGAUUUAGAGUCCAGUUCCCUGCACUGUGGGCUGAAGAGCAGGGCAGUAAACCCACCGCUGCCCAUUCACCGUGAUUUAGAGUCCAGUUCCCUGCACUGUGGGCUGAAGAGCAGGUCAGUAAACCCAUCACUGCCCGUUCACCGUGAUUUAGAGUCCAGUUCCCUGCACUGUGGGCUGAAGAGCAGGGCAGUAAACCCAUCGCUGCCCGUUCACCAUGAUUCAGAGUCCAGUUCCCUGCACUGUGGGCUGAAGAGCAGGGCAGUAAACCCACCGCUGCCCGUUCACCAUGAGUAAGUGCAGAGUUUAAAACGCUAACCGAAUUUGGCGUUCAUUGCGGACACACUUUUAUUGCUAUUUUACGAGGUAUUAGUGCACAAUGGGUCUGGAUUGGUGACGGCUUUAUUUGCGCCUCGCUGUGUCAAGUUCCCCAGCAGAGACCCUCACCUAGCACUCUACUCCCCACCGGCCAAGCGGACCAACGUUGCGUGGAGGCAGAACUUGACGAAAGCUCGUCUCGAGAAGCACACGCACCCCUCUAACUCACGUAAAAGGAAGAGGUUCACGUAGACCUAUGCGGCACGUGGCUGGAACAGGGUUUCCCAGGACCCUCGGGGGGACCAGUCAGCCUCUGUGGUGGAGCAUCCCGGGAACUGAAGGGCGUCCUGCAGGCUCUGCAUGCGGCACACAGGAGUGCCAGCCACACACACACUUGACACACAAUGCUGGCGCAGGAGGACCCAGGCCAGGAGGCUGUGCGGGUCAGUCAGCUGGGUGAGGUAGUUACAUGGGUUGGGUAGUAGCUGGGUGAGGUGGUCAGCCGUGUCAGGUAGUAGCUGGGUGAGGUGGUUACAUGGGUUGGGUAGUAGCUGUGUCAGGUAGUAGCUGGGUGAGGUGGUUACAUGGGUUGGGUAGUAGCUGUGUCAGGUAGUAGCUGGGUGAGGUGGUUACAUGGGUUGGGUAGUAGCUGUGUCAGGUAGUAGCUAGGCCAGCACAAGUAUCCCAGUGUGCUGAGGGUGGCAGCUGUGGGUCCAGGGAGGACCCCAGGGCGAAAGGAGGGCACUGAGGUGGGAGCAGAACAGGGCCGCAGAGGAUGGAGAACACGUCCGGUGGCCUAUGGCAUUGCCAGGCCGCACUGGCUGUUGGCAUCCAGGCCCUGUUGGGUCUCCUGGGUCCUCCCCUCCAACCCUGGAACAGUAGAGGGGUCCGAAGCCUGGCCUGACUGCUCGUUAGCCGGGGAGGAAACCUGCGCCUGGCAGCUCUCUGAGGGCCUCACAGUUGGGAAACAGCAAAGCCACAGCAGAGCCGGGGCUCCUGGCUGCCCUUCGGAGCCCCACAGGGGCUACAGGAGAGGAAGGCCUGGCACCCUUGGGGCCAACCGGCAGGUGUGUGGGCCGAAGGCACCUGUGGUUACUGCCGGGGCUGUCUCUUCCCUCUCUUUGGCUGUGGCUGGCACUGCAGGCCAAGAUGCUCUGGGAGAGAGGGGCCAGCCACAGACCAGGGGGCUGACGUCAGCCUGGCAGCACUACAGAAGGUGAGGUGAAGCGGGAAGCCUGAAGGUUCCUAAAGGGGCCUUUGGCCCUGGAAAAGGCGCAUCAGAGCUCCGUGCUUGGAGGAAACGCUGUAUAUGAAAUUUGGUCCCUCAAUGCUGCUGGAAUCUUCCACACCAUGGCUCCAGGACAAGCGUGGGGGCAGGUUACUUACGGGGAAGGGGGCUGGGGGAGGCUGGAGCACCAGGUGGGAGUAAAAUAUGGGCUGCUGCCGGGGCAGGAGGGUGGACCAGCCUCAAAGGGCCCAAAAGACCCAGAACCCACUCCAGAUGGGCAGGGCAGCCAGGAGUAGGUCACUGCUGCCGUCUGCUGUCGGAAGCGGGAGUUUCAUCCUGCCCACGUGGCCCCCAGGUUCCAGCAGAAGACAGCUCCUCAGGAAGCAGGGAGCUCAGGCCUGACGGGGCCAUUAGGCCUUUUUAUUUACCUGAAAUGGUGGCCCAAGGCUGGGUGAGGCUUCACAGAUGUGAGAAGCAGCUGGCAUCAUAGCAGGUGGAGCGGGGAGCUGGCAGCAAGGCUGCGUUGAUUCUUGGCCCCACCUGCACGGCUUGUGUGGCCCCAGGUGUCCAUUGCCACCUCCUGAGAUUCCUUGGGCCCAGGCCUGUAGUGGACACAAGCAGGCCCCUGGACACACAGCCAAGCAGAUGCGCAGCCAUGUGGACAAGGAGCCCAGGAAGCACAGAGGCUGACCCUGUGACACUUCCCCCCAGAUGCUCUCUCAGGGGUCCACACCCACUAUGGCCCAUCAGCCAGGCCACUGGGAGGAUGACAGCAUAUCCAUGGGACUGGGGGUCAGCAGUGCUUUCCUGACCCCUCCUCCAUGAUUCUGGCCUGCCGGGCACUGACUGCCCUCUCCAGGAGCCCAUGUCCAGCCAGGAUGCUGCCCCAGUGCCCAUCGGGGCCAUGGAGCAGGGCUCAGGCUGACCCAUGAACAGCCCACGUCCUGCCACAGGGACUCGGGGGACUUCUCUUAUCAUUCCCAAGAGAGGUGUGGAGUUUUCAAAAACCUGCCUGAGCACACAUUUAUAUCUGGCAAUUUUUUAAAAAACUAACUAUUGAGGAGUCACAUAGACAUGACUUGGCAUGAAAGGAGCCAGCCCCAGAAGAGCCCACAGCACAGGUUCAAGACCAGGCAAAACUAGCAGAAGGGACCAACAUCUGCCUGGCAUCUGCUUCCUGGCACUGAAGCACGGUGACUGGGGAGGCACAAAGAGGAACCUUCUAUUUAUUGUUCUUGAUAUCAAAAAUGUUAAAUUACUUAUGAGUGGCUUUCACCAAAACAAGUGGUGGACAUAUACUCAGAAAACUGCAUGAAAAAGUUAAUCAGGAGGCCGUGGGCUGAGGCGGCUUCAGUGCCUGGGACCCUGCGUGAGCACACCGAAGCCCACCGGGAACUGGGCCACAAAACUGAUGCUGCCCAGAAACUGCCAAACUAGCUUCUCACCAGGGACUUCUUCCUUUAACCAGAUGUCUUGUCUUUGUCCUGCUUCUGCAGACACUUAGAAAAGAGCUCCUCCCCUCAACUUCGGUGGAGCGCUGAACCUCACACUGAACCUCACACUGAACCUCAUGCUUUCUCGUGCUGCUCAGUUCAUGAAUUGCUGAACGCUCCAACAGACUCCUUUGAAUCUCAGUGUGCAUGAGCUUAUCAUCUAAAACUACAAAACACUACUGAGAUAAAUUGAAGGAGACCUGAAUAAAUUGAGAGAUUUGCAUUGUGGUAUAAUAAAAAAUACAUCUGGUCUUUGUCCCCUGUUCCAGGGACGGAACUCCUU